GCCGGGGCGAUUGUUGAUUAUCGGUUGCAGUGCCAGCGUCUGCUCUGCUCUCUUGUAUCCUCUGUGCAGCAGCAGCUAAUACUAUUACACACGUAUAUAGUAUAUAUCACGAGAAUAUUUAACGAGGUAGACAAUGCGAUGGCACUAAAGAAAAAAAAAAUAAGUUGGCCAGUUCGUCAAAUUGCACAGGACAUCUAGCAGUAUCUACGAGAGCCAUUCACCAUGCGACGCUAUGACGUCAAUCGGAUGCAACUGCGUAGGAAGACGACCAAGUACAUCAGCCCCAGCAGCCCAAAAAAUAAAACGGAAAAACGGGAAAAAAAAAAACAAAAUAAAAAGUGGGGCGUGAGUCGAUCGAUUCUCUCUCACUCCGUCGUCGUCUCUAUGGCACAUAGUGAUUUUCUCACCCAACAGGCGAAAAUCAAUAGGAAACUGGCCGACCAAACCAGCAAUGCAACAUCAACUUUAUUUUGUCUAUCGAGAUCAAAUUCAUUUAAUAUUAACUGCUCACGGCCAAUUUGUGUGUGGUGAGAACGACCUUCUACGUAAUAGUUAUUAAUAAUCGUGUGGCACACUUUCACUAUAAACAUACGUCAUCUUCCUGAGAGAUGGCUGUUAUUCAAUUAAUCAUUCAAGUCGAUAUAAUCGAGUUCAUUUGAUAAUCUAGGGGGAGUUUUAAUUCUAAAGAGAUCGACCAGGAAGAAGGAUAGGAGCUGCACGUUUAUCAUGGCGGCGUGCAGCUUUCUCGUGUAAUUUAUUGAUGUAUAGUUUGUGUGUGUAAUAUAACGGUGAGUCGAGAGCACGCCUCAUCCAAGUUUAAGCGUCCGUGUGUGUUAGCUCUGAAUACCUUCAUCCAUAAAUCAUGUGGCCCAGGACCUAGUCGCAUUUAUUUUUAUUUUACUGAUACUAGUCCAACGUUAAGUUGGUAAAUAUUCGGUUGGCACGAAAAAAUAAAAAAGGCGAAUCUUUUUUAUCGGCUGCACUUGCCAUAAACAUUGGCUGGUUGCAAUAUCGUCGAUGGUUGACCUUUGUUUUCUUCUCUGUCCCGGCAGCUGAUCGAGCCGCCAUUUAUCUUAUCAUUUGUCUUUUUUUUUUCUGUUACGAAAACCUCUUUUGUGUCACCGUCUACGGCAGAUAAAUUGGCGAGUGAUUGUAAUAUUUAAUAAAGUGAUAACAAAUUUUUCGGCCUUGACAAUCGAAAGAUUUUCGGCCAAUGUUUUGGGUCUAGCAGACGAAUGUCGAGAGAGGCGUACUUGAAUGCCCAGAGGGGGAAAUUGCCAAAAAAGAUUCGAAAAUACAAAAUAAAGGGCCAGACGGUUUUUGGGCGGUUUGGCAGCGGUUCGUAAUCCGCCAGUUAGAGGGCGGAGAAGCGCAGCGGGCCCAAAAGAAGACACACACACACACACACACACACACGGGGGGGUUUUUUCGUCGUCUACUACUUGGUCGAUGAAACGCCACAAGUGUUGCUCGUUCAGUUUUCGGUCGACGCCAACAUACACGUUUAGGAGAUCCGCUGCGUCUAAAAAACCAAACGUCUACCCGAAAAAAGUGUAUGUAACUUUGUGGCCACCAGAAACCCCCAGCCAUUGUGUGUCAGUGUCUUGUGCCAAGAACGUGUGUAACAUUCGGGUUUCUCUUCGUUCUAGUGAAUUGUUGAUUCUGUGGUGCGUCUUGUGACUUGUAAAAGUGUGUGACUUGAGCAGCCGACGUUCGCCAUUUCACUUCUCUUUGUACGACACACACGUAAACAUGGACAGGCCCAUUUUCCCCCUCAUGCAGUCGGGAACGUUGGAACUGAGUGGCACGGCCCUGAAACGUUUGGAAGAAUUGAAAAUCGGUGGCAUUGACGUGACAGCCAUGGCUACGAUGGACGCUCUCAAGAUGUUGCGACUCUCUGACGUGGUGAACGGCAACAACGGCAACAACAGCAACGAUCAGGUGGUUGACGAAUUGACGGAUCUCACUUCUGCCAAAUUGUCGUUGGCUGAAGCCGAGACGGAAGUGGAGUCUCUGUCGGAGCACAGCAGCAGCGGCGACAGCGACAGCGGCUACGACCUGGGCGGCGACGCUGAUCUCGAAGACGUCAGUUUGGUCUCUACGGCUUCCGUCUCUGGCGGAUCGCUCUCUAGCCGGAGUAGCGUCACUGGCGGCAGCACCGAGUCGCUACCGCUGGCCGUGGCCCAGCAGACGCAGCAACUCCAGCAGCAGCAGCAGCUCCAAUUGGCGCAGCAACAGCAACAGCAGCGGUUCGCCGUUUUGAGCUACGAGCAAGUGUCCAGGGUGCACGACGUGAUGAACGAAACGGUCAGCAUCCACGGCCGGGGUAAUUUCCCGACGUUGGAGCUGCGCCUGCGCGACCUGGUGACGCUGGUGCGGGCCAAACUGGAAGCGGACGGCGUGGCUGUCAAGGACAUGCGGAUCAAUGGCGGAGCGGCUUCUUACGUCCUGGCGCUGGAUCGCUGCCAGCCGCAAGCGUACAACGAUUUGGAUCUCAUAUUCGGCGUCGACUUGUCGUCGGCCCGCACCUACGACCGCAUCAAAACGGCGGUGCUGGACUCGCUGCUGGACUUUCUUCCGGCCGGAGUCUCUCGCACGCGCAUGCUCUCGUGCUCUCUGAAGGAGGCGUACGUCUCCAAGAUGGUGAAAGUGACUGAGGGCGAUCGCUGGUCGCUCAUUUCCCUGGGCACCAACCACCGCGGCAAGAACGUGGAACUCAAAUUCGUCCACAAUAUGCGGCGCCAAUUUGAAUUUUCCGUCGACUCGUUCCAGAUCAUUCUCGACUCGCUGGUGCUCUUCUACGACUGCGCCUCUACGAUGCCCAUCAGCGAGUCGUUUUACCCGACGGUGGUGGCCGAGUCUGUGUACGGCGACUUCCGCCAGGCCCACUACCACCUGCACCACAAGAUGAUCGCCACCCGCAAUCCGGAGGAGAUCCGCGGCGGCGGAUUGCUCAAGUAUUGCAACUUGCUGGUCAAGGACUACCGCCCGGCCGAUCCCGACCAGAUCAAGACGUUUGAGCGCUACAUGUGCUCCAGGUUCUUUAUCGACUUUCCAGACGUUGGCCAGCAGCGGCUCAAACUCGACAACUACCUAUGGAACCACUUUGUCGGAGCCGACGAAGCCCUCAAGUACGACUAUCUCAUGAUCCUUUACAGCGUUGUCGACGAGUCCACCGUCUGUCUGAUGGGCCACGAGCGGCGGCAGACCCUGUCGCUCAUCGAGGAGCUGGCCUAUCAGGCUUAUUACGCUGACCAGCACCACCAACAGCAGCAGCAGCAACAACAUCACCACCAGCAGCAGAUGCAGCAACAGCAGCAGCAGCAACAGCAAAGUCAUCCGCCCAGCUAUGGCCACGCUCCCGUCUACGAGGUGCGCAUUUCUGGUUGCCAACCGACAGUGGUCUAUUCCAGCAACGGUGGAUACUUUUACGCUCCUGCGGCUCCUCCGCCGACGUCGCUGCCUCCUCCUUCGACGACGAGUACUCCUCCUCCUUCAUCUCCUGCCAGCAGCAACAGCAGCAGCAGCAGCAACAACACUUCAGCAGUGGUGACGACGACAGGAGCCAGCGUUCCAGCUCUUUCUCCCUCGGCCACUCCCUGCUAUCCGUGCUCACCUCCUUGCGCUUGCCCCUGCGCGUGGAUGACUUGCUCCUAAAUGGCGGAGAAUAGAGAGAGAGGGAGAAAGGACAUCCAACACCACCACCACAUCAUCUGUGUUGUUGCCCCUCGGAGGUUUAUUUCUUCCUUUUUUCCCCCUUUUUUCUUCAUUCCGUCUCGAAGACGAGCAGAGGAGGUUGUUUGGCUUUUUCACUCUCUCCUCAUCCUUGUUUUUUGGCCUCUACAUGUCUGGAAAUUCAACACUUCACACGUCGUGACGCCUGGUGUGUGUUUACACGCAAGUGGAUUUAUGUUCCUCCUUUUUUUUCGUCCCUACGCCGACAAACUAUCGUGUCGUGUCGUUUUUCUCCUUUUUCCUUUCAAAAAUGAACCAACAAAAAACUUGUAUUAAAAACAAAACUCAUACAAAAAAAAGAUGAAAAGAAAUAUCGACCUUUCCAACCCCCCCAAACUUUAUUUUCAACCCCACCACCAUAUAAUAGAUUAUAGGAAAAAUAUUUUUUUCUCUAUCUCUCUCCAGUGUAGAUAUAAUCCAGCCCGUAGGCAACCGACAUCACACAUUUAAUCACCCUAAAAAAAAAAAUUACAAAAAAUAUUACAAAAAAAAAAAAACUUGGAAAAAAUCUAAAAAUUUACAAAAAACACCCCCGCUGUUGCUGUGUGUGAGUGAGUGUGUGUGUCUACGUUUAACUGUGUGUAUGUGUGUGUGUGCCAAGGCUUUCCCCCCCUCUCUCUCUAUUUCUAUUACAGUCCUUCUCUACAUGUCUGGCUCACUUUAAAAUUAGUUCUGUUCCAACUCAUAUUAUUUUUUUCUGUUGGUUGUUUACCAUUUACGACGAGGUCGUCUAGGUAGCAUCUCUUUUGUGUUAUUCUUUUUUGGUCGAGUCCGAGACACACACAACUUUCCCUUUUUGUUUUCUUGACAGCAUCCUCUCCUUUGUGUGUCUUGUGUCUGUCCCAAGGUGACCCACUUUGUAGGAACACUCUCCCCUUCACCUGUGUAGGAUCCCCAACUGACCUUUCCCUUUUUCUUUAUGAGCGGAAAAUCCUCCUGUCCACAAAUUGAAAAGAAAGAAAAAAUUAUUCCGUCGAAUUUUGUUUUUUUUUGUUGGAAUUGGAGGGGUUUUCCCAACUGGUUUUUUCCUCCCCCUCUCUACAAAAAAAAGAGCUGCUAUAUAUUUGGGGUCGUUUGAAUGUCAGGAUGUGUUUCCCAAUGUUUACGUAUUCUCUUUUCUUUGGUAGCACCACCACAUUCUCUUUUUUCUUCUUCCUCCAUUCUAUAUUCGUCCUUCGUUUCUUUCUCUUUUUUUGUUUUAAAAUGUGUUUUUCAAGGUUUUCUACUUGAUUGCCAUCAAGUUGAAGACCCAGUACUGUGCAAGAAGACCUCCAAUUCACGCUGAUCUUACCUCCUUCCCGCUCGUGCAGCGGCAUCAGCUGGACAUUGACAAACGAAAAGAAAAAAUUCACAAAAAAUUCCGGAAAAAAAAUUAAGAAAAAAUUGUUACAAAAUGCACACGAAAAAUGCCGCACGCACACACACACACACUUUGAAUAGUGUUAUUUUUUUCCCCCCAUCUCCGUCUAUCAGAAAAUAGUUGCCGUUUUUGUGUUGUCCGUUUCUCCCGCUCUUCUUUCACUCUCUCUUCCCCCCCUCAGUAUACAAUUUGCUAUGUGAUUUAUUAUUAAUCUAUUUUUUUAUUAUUAUUUCUCGGAUAACAAUCAAAUAUGGCCGACGUGAUAUAUAUCAGAUCCGAAUCGAUAGCAACAAAAACAAAUGUAAACCCGUUUUUAAAUGGAAAAAUCUAGUUUUUUUCUUUA